CAAGAGAGAGAGGGCGAGCGAGCGCGCGCACUUAACUUAUUUACCAAGCCGAAGCAAAUUAGGAAAAAUCGCCUUGCAAAGCUCAUCCUCACCGCUCCCGUUCCCUUCGUUAUUUUCCUUUGCAAAGCUCCCACCUAAACCUCGUCCCUCACUAUUCCCGGUCCCUUCUUCGUUAUUUUCCGCGGGAUCUCGAGAUCUUCGUAUUUCUUCCUUCCUCCGGAGAGAUCGAUCCCUUUCGCGUGGUAGGAGGGGGACGAUCCCAUGGCGGGCCGUUACGACAGCAACCCUUUCGACGAGGAGGAGGUCAAUCCCUUUGCGGACCCAAGAGUUCGUGGUAAGGUAGCUGGACAAUCAAAUUAUGGUGGGGGUCCAUUCUACACAACACACCCAGGAAGUGUUCCUCCUGCUUCAAAUUCCAGGCUUUCACCGCUUCCUCCAGAACCUGCUGAUUUCUACGAUGAUCGCAGUGCAACAGUUGACAUUCCUCUUGAUACAUCAAAGGAUCUAAAGAAAAGGGAAAAGGAACUUCAAGCCAAGGAGGCCGAAUUAAAUAAGAGGGAAAAGGAACUAAAACGGCGGGAAGAGGCUGCAGCACGGGCUGGUGUUGUUAUCGAGGAGAAAAACUGGCCACCUUUCUUUCCCAUUAUUCAUCAUGAUAUUGCAAAUGAGAUACCCAUCCACCUGCAGAGAUUGCAAUAUUUUGCAUUUGCAUCGUUGUUAGGAUUGACUGCAUGCCUUUUUUGGAAUAUUAUAGCAGUUACAACAGCUUGGAUUAAGGGUGAAGGUGUAAAGAUCUGGUUGCUUGCCAUCAUCUACUUUAUCUCUGGCGUCCCAGGAGCGUACGUUUUAUGGUAUCGGCCUCUUUAUCGUGCCAUGAGGACUGAUAGUGCUAUGAGGUUUGGAUUGUUUUUCCUGCUUUACCUGCUUCACAUAGGUUUCUGCAUCUUUUCGGCUGUGGCUCCUCCAAUUAUAUUCAAGGGGAAAUCUUUGACAGGUAUUUUACCGGCAAUAGAUCUUAUCAGCGGAAAGGCCUUGGUUGGGAUCUUCUACUUCAUUGGAUUCGGGUUGUUCUGUCUUGAAUCGCUGCUCAGCAUCUGGGUCAUCCAGCAAGUAUACAUGUACUUCCGAGGGAGUGGAAAAGCAGCAGAAAUGAAGCGUGAGGCAGCCCGUGGAGCUAUGAGGGCAGCAAUGUGAUGCACAUACUUCACAUCCUAGGUUCCAAGGUUACUCUUAAAGUGGAAGAUCAGUUAUACCAUCAAAAAGGCAGAUAGCAAACCCAUCUGUAUGUUGUUUGCAUGAUUUCUUCGCAGCCAUUUAUGUAUUUGAGAAUUUUAUUGGUUGUCCGACCCCCCGUAUAAACUAGAAUACACUGGUUGCAUUUUCGUAGUUUACUGAGGAGAGUGUACAGCUUCUUGGAAGCAUUACUUCGUGCUUGUGUUUUGCUCGCCUCUAUGUUUGUGUAGUCGUGCUAGAGAAAACAGCGUUAGUAGUAACGGUCUAUAAUACGGUAACUGAAUCCCCCAUUCAUACCAUAUAGUUUUUGCUGAUAAAUUGUCUUCAACAUGACAGUGCCUGCUUCUUUCAACAAAAA